AUGAAUCAGAAUAUUCUUAUUCACAAUCUUCCAGAAGACAAUGAGGAAAAUUUAUUUGAGAAAAUCCAACAACUCAUAAAGCAGCAUUUUGGAGUGGACACUUCCUUUCAAAAAAUUCAUAGAAAUGGGCCGAAAACUCCAGGUAGAUCGCAAAUUAUUACAGGCAGGCUGUCAAAAUUUACUGAUAAGGAAAAAAUUCUCCAAGCGCAAAGGGAACUGAACAAAAGAGAUCGAGAAGCGUCUGACCAGUCUGAUCAGUCCGCGCAACCAAAUGCACCCGAAAGACCUUUUUACGUCACGCCACAGAGACCAAUAGAAAUCGCGGAAAACAGAAAGAAACUUCAUGAGAUAAAUAAUCAGUACUGGAAGGAGAAAAUAAUGACACGAUUUGUGGGAGAGAAAUUAGUAUUCCCGAAUGGAAAUGUGUACAGAGACAAAGUAUUGAAACCAAAGCCAGAAAAUAUCCGGGAGAUACCCCAAUCAGAUAAGGAAAAGCUUCAACAGACUCCUAUGUCCACCAUGGAUUGCUCAGAUGAAGGAAUCACAUUCAAAGCAGCUGCAGCAACAAAACAAACAUACAAUCAAGUCGGGAACUUUUAUGAAAAAAAAUAUUAUUGA